CACGGCGUGCAAAAAGAAUUCGAGCCGCAUUUUCACUUAUUUUGAAAGCAGGCUGUGUUUGUAUGCGUGUCCGCGUCUUGAAGAAGCUGCAGGGCAGCCUGUUGCGCACUUGGCGGCACUCAGAGACAGAGCGCACCACAGACGCGUGGAUGAACCCUGACAGUAAUGGACUUUCCUUAGUGACUUAAAUUUCACGGCGAUUUUACAAUGGGAUUCCCAUCUUCUCGGCUUUUCUUCUAAUUUCUCAAGGGCUCAUUUCAACGUGUCACCUCUGAACGGAACCUUUACGCAUCCCGGGAGCAGGGACAAAAGACAAUCUUGAGCAGAGAGCAGCAGAAGCAUCAGAGCCAUAAAAACCAAGAUCUGUUGCUACUGGCAUGUCUCAUCAAUGCUAUGAAGACCAGAGGCACAACAACCCAAACGUGUCCUGCUGAACACACACACUGAAGAGUUGCAGACACCCGUGUUGUAGGAGUGUGUGUUUGUGUGUUGCUGGUCCUGCGUGUGCAUUUACACACUGUGCUGCGUUUAAACUGUGGAGCCAAAGACUUCAGUCCAAGAGUAUGGUCUGCCUGCUGGGAGGCCUUUUGGGCCUGUUUCUGCUAGCGCCCGUUCAGAUGGCCCAGUCACCAGCAAGCGUGUGCUCACCACUGAGGACGCUCAAUGACAGCCUCAGCCACAGACGACGGUACAUGAAGCACAACUUCCCCAUCAACUACACCAUAAGGGUUCAUUCUUAUGAAGUCUUUAAACUGUCAAACAUCAGCAAAAUGCAGAGGUUACAGGUGGAGGGGUUGGUUCUCCAGAGGCUGUGGUUCCAGGUCAACCAAGGCGUGUUAAAAAAGAUCAUCCGGGUUAUGCCAGAGAGACAUCCUUCACGUCCAUAUGCAGCUGAGCUGGAAAGACGCUUUAGGGAUGCAGAGGGAGUCUUUGUACAGUCGCAGCCCACUGAGGUGUUCCAGCAGGAGCUUCCAGAGAUUAUCCAAGACAUUUGGGACCACUUAACAGAAGAGCCCGACAGAGUGCCAGAGCCCAGAUGGCGAUAUGCUUCCCCAAAAUCCCUCCUGGACAACUUCUGCCACACCAUGCACUGCCUCUUCAGUGAGUGCUUUGCCAGCACAGAAGCACAGCAGGACUACUGUAGUGUUUCUUACUGGAGGAAAGGCAGGAAGAAAAAACUUACAGCCGUAGAGCUGAGGAGAAGAAAGCAGGGUGAAGUUGUCUCUUCUGUUACUGAUAAGGCAUUGGUGUCAUGAUGGAGUAAAACGGCACUUUGUAUAUACAGUAACAGCAAUCAUGAUGAUUUUAGAAGCAUAUGGACUUUCUGCUAAAAUGAAAUAAAGUUCAUUUGGGAAUUAAAACUCCAACUCCUCAGAUUUUCCAAUCCUCUGUCAGUCAUAACGCCUGGAAAUAUUUGUCUCUUGUUGGCAUCUCACACUGAUAUUCUGAUACUUUUCAAAGUUUUGGAAGAGAUUUGUUCAUGUAUCAACUAAAUUGAUGUAUGAUCAGUAUAUUACAUAAAUCAUAUUUCUUUCUUUUGUUACAUUUUAUUUUUUAAGAGGGCCUCAUAGGACUCAUGGGGGUGGGGAGGGGGGCAUUUGAAGCAAUGUAGAGUCAGUUACAGAUGAACGUUUGUGAGUGAGGACAUCACUGUGACUUUGACACAGUCAAAGUGAUGCCAUAAAAGCCUGUGACGUGUUCCACUGGUCCUACAGAGUUCCAUACAGGGACCAACAAGCUGCAGUAGGAGAGAAAAUACAUUGUACUGUUAUCUUCCAUCAAUGUUUCCUUCAAACAUCAGUGAGCUGAGUGAGAGAAAUGUAUGUUAACUGAACAUAAAGGCAAACUGAUACCUACUGCUUUCUCUUCCUGUUUCAGUUGCUGAACUCAUCUUACAAAGAACCUGUAUUUAAAGUGUUAUUUUCUGAACUAUACCAAACAAUGGAGCAACAAUGUCCAUUCCAUGUCUUACUGUCUAUAUGUUUCUCGUGAACAUACAAAAACAUACAGCCAUCUCUCUGUGUUCAUGAUAUGUUUUUAUAAUUACUGUAAAUUUAUUAUGAGUUUUGUUUUUUUCCCACCAGACAGCUAUUGAAUAUUUUGAUGAUUAAAUUACCUAAGCAAAGCUUAGAGAGUGACAUCGGCAUUUCAAACAGGAAGUGACAUCACAAUCAUUUGUUUAUAAUCAGGCCCCAAAUCUAGAUAAAAUUCUGAAUUUUGCAGUCUUAAAUAUAUGAAUAAUCUGGAAAUAAUUACACAAGAAACUAUUUGCUGAAAAUGUGAAAGAUGAUAUAUUCCAUUUAAUCAGAGCAAAGAGAAUUCGCACCCCCCAAGAAAAUAUGAGAAAUCACUAUUAAAGCUGAAACACAGCUCCAUAUCAUUGCAGUGAUUACAGGUAUAAAGAAGUUAUUCUCAAAAUUCAAAUGUUUGAAUGUUUUAGAAUUUUUUACCACGCUUUAAGUCCAACAAAGUCUGACCAAGAUUUUAAUGAUCACGAUCAUGCUUUUCUGACUGAGAAUACCCCUCGGGUUCUGUCUGUUUUGUUUUUUUUUUGUUUGUUUGUUUGUUUUUGUUUUUUUGAGGUCUGUAAUGUCACUUAAGCUAUUAUGUUGCUGUUAAAUCAAAUGAACUAACUUGUCAGGUUUUGGAGGUUCAAAACAAACAGCUUUCUCACAGACAUCAUAUUUUACUUUAAUAUGUACUAUGGUUGUGAGGCUAUGGGUACCUUUUUUUGACUAGACCCACAGUAAAGCAGAUUUAACUAGGAAUUUUCAAUUGCUUUAAUUUGUGGGCUUACUUUUUUGAGACCUUAAAUGUAAACAAGAUCUACAGUUAUCAGCUACUAGCCAAGAAAAAUGUCCCACCGUUCUCUGCCGUUGUUUUCAAGAUGGCUGCUGAGGUCUGCAAUAGAUUCCCUGUAGGCAACUUGCAAAUGUCAAGGUUGGAAUGCAUCAUUGAUCUCUCAAUGUUGAAACAGCCCAUUUCAUGAAGGUUAGUUAAGUGGUUCAUACUGCUUUAAUAAGGAUGAUGAGGUUAAGUUAGAUUUAGGUUUUAGAAGUUGGUUAAGUUGUUCCGCAGUUGAUGGUUCACAUCUGUAACGCUCUGGACAUACAGAGGAUAUUGUAGGGCCUUGACUUGACUAACUUGUGAGGCAGUCAUUCCACAAAAUCAGUCUCUCAGUGGCUGACUAAGUGUCCACUUCGACAGAGAAGAUAGACUUGAGAAAUGAAUUUAAAUUUCCCAGAUGUCAGGUUUUUUUUUUGUUUGUUUGUUAUUGCAAAUCAUAUUUUUACAUGAAACUUUCAGAUGUGUUGUUGUAAACCUUCCAGAACACAAACAGACCAAAUCGCUCUGAGACACAAGGACUGAAUGAUAGCCACACAGGUGGAUGAAAAAAAAUGUUUGAAGUAGGGUGAAAUAUGUUUAUUUUUAGGUUUCUGGUUACCGCGGCCAAUAAGUCACAUUGAGGUGUGUGUGCUCAGUCAUUUUAAGUUGUGGUCAUAGUCAUCAUUCUUUGCUCCCUGCAUACAAUGUGUUUUUUGUGAGCUGCAGCGGUGGCGACUUUUAUCUUGCUGUAUCUGGUUCAUUGCCUGCAAUCCUGACUUGCUGGUUUAGUCAGUUCAGUGUAACAUUCCCCUGUUCCUUCAUUGUUUUUGUGCUAGCUCAGUUUAUUGUGAUAGCGUGUUUCAAAUGCAUUUUGUUAGUAGAGUUGGUUUCAAAAAAUUCUGUUAGGAGAACAGGUUAUCUCUUAGCUUCUUGUGGUAAGCCAGAAAUCAAAGAAAAUGUAAAUUAGGGCAAAUAAGAAAAUAAAAUAUUUAUAUAUAGAAGUAAGAAAUGUGGUAUUUAAUUCAUGAGCUUUGCCCUAUUUGUCCCAUAUAUUCAGUAUCUACUGUGAAACAUUACAGUUUCAGUUCAUGUAUUCACUCCUGUGAUGGAUGUUUGAGCCUCUCAAGCCUUACUGUGUCACUCUUCAGGGGGGUGAAUGAUGAUGUUCAAUAAUUAUACACAGCGGUGGGUUGAUUCUGAGUCUAAAAGGAAGUCAUUGACAAGUUUUUAAUGGGCUAAACUUGGUCAUCGUAUGUUGUCUGUAUUCUUUUUAAAACAUUUUUUAUACACAAGAUAUUAAAUUUAUUUAUUUUUUUGGAAAUGUAUAAUGCUACGUGACAAUACUUUUAUGAGAGAAAUAAAAAUGAAAUUGCUAUUUUUACCGUAUUAAAAAGAAUCUUUAAAUAUGCUGUUGUUAUUUCAAUGUGUGCAGUUGUUGUGUAUAAUAAAAUGCAGGUGCAAUCUUG